CAAUAGGGAAGUUACCAGUUUGUACGUCCUUUUUUGUACCUAUGUAUUGUGGUUGUAUUGUGGUUUUGCGUUGAAACAAUGGAGAUAUGUAAUGCGUUUAAGUUUUCGCUGGUUUGCUUAUGUUUAAGUGAUUUAAAAUUAUAUUUGUGACAUUAAAGUGUCUUAAAAUUUUUGCAAUGGAAAUCCAGAAACCAGUCAAGGAAGGUUUUUUACUUUUCCCUCCGCAAGGCGUACUGGGCCAGUUAAAGAAAUCUUGGCACAAAAAGUACUGUCAGCUUUUCAAGUCGAGCAAACAAGGCAUCGACCGACUGGAAGUGUUCGACACGGAAGAAGAUGUCGGCAGGAGCAAUGCUCUCCGGAUCAUCACCCUCGAAAACUGCAUCAAAAUUACUCCAGAACCCCAGAAAAUGCAGCAGAAUGUUUUCACUGUUGUGAAGAGAGGUGCUACGUACCAUUUUUCUGCAGUUGUAGAACAUGAAAUGGCUGAAUGGAUAACGGCACUCCAGACUGUGGCAUUCAAAGACGAUUCAUCAAAGCAGACAAUUGAAGAAGAUAAUGACCUCUACUGUUCUUCCGGAGAAGGUGUGUUCACCGUAAACUUGGUGGCAUCGGAUGUCUCGAAGCGCUGUAGCCUGGAUCCCGGUCCCUACCUGCUAGUGAUCUCAUCUGCUGCCAUCCAGCUGCGGGACAGUCUCGACAACCACGUGUUGUUCACCUGGCCGUAUCACUACAUCCGGCGCUACGGCUAUCGAGAAGGUAAGUUCACGUUCGAAGCCGGCCGGAAGUGCGAUUCAGGCGAAGGAACCUUCCAUUUCGAGCAUUCGAACCAGCAAGAAAUCUUCAGGUGCAUUUCGUCGAAAAUGAAGAGCAUGCGGAAGCUUUUGCACGGGGAGGCGUUGCCGACGCCCGCGAUAGCUUGCGGCGACAGUCAGUUCCAAGCGGCGCUGAGCAUGGAGGCGGGCUCCCGCAGUCCCCUGCCACCGUCUCCCACCAGCGCCACGCUCCUCAUGGACAUCGAUUUCAGUUCCGCGGGACGUUCUCAGUCGUCGCUGAAACCGCUGAUCAGUUCCUCGUCCGAGACCAGGUCUCUGCCGUUUAAAAUAGUGCCGAAACCCAAGCCGAAGGCUAAAUUCGGAGGCAAUGCUUUGCAGAGGAAUUUUUUAUCCCUGGGACAUUCCAAAUACAGUCAAGAGGAUUUUUCUUCGGAUUCUAGUAACAGUGUGGAAGAGUUGGGGAAGUACAGGAAACUUUCUACUGCGGACCUGUUGAUUUCUUCACCGACGUCCGAUGCGGAUGACAGUUUCUCCGUGGGCUACGACAGGGUGGAGGUGAAGAAGGACGCCUGGCGCACGAUGGGACUCGACGACACGGCGCACACGGAGGACUACGUCUCCUGCGAGGCAGACGAACCUCCCGACUACUUGUCGUCGAAACCUGUGGAGCCGAGGCAGAACAGCGACGGCUGCGACAGGGUGUUCCCCGCUUCCAAGAUGAUCUUUGCACAGGUGGACCCACUGGACGACUACGACAAGCUCCAGCAUUUUGGUUUGUCCUCGAAGCUGAACAGCGGCUCGGGCUACCAGCAUGUGACGUCUCCUCCGGUCGUGACCUCGCCGUCGCUUCCCGGCUUCCCGGGCACGGCUCCCUCGGAGCCGACUCCCGGCGAGCCCGAUUCCAACGAGUACGAUGAGAUCGACAACGCCAUCCAGUCCUUCCGGCUGGCCAACGACUCCCACCAGGGUUACGGGAUGAUCCGCAAGAAGCUGGGCUCUGCCCCUCUGCCCGACGGACCCACCCACAAAUUGUAUUACGAACAGGAGUAUGCAGUGGUGCACAAACCAAAAAAAGUCUAGUCAAAAUUUUGAUUGAAAGUUUUGAAAUACACUUUUAUCAGCUGUGAUAAUAAUUGUUUUGCGGUCCAUUAUUGGUUUUUAGUGCUUCUUACAAUCGAACGUGUGUUGAGUAGGUGCCCUGUGUUAUGCAAUGUGAUACUUAAGGGAUUUUACUUUGCUAUAUCUACUUUCAUUUCUGAUAUUAUGUUCCGUUAACUAGCUAGUUGGUACUAAAAAAAUUUUUAACGAGGUAAACGAAUGAUUUGCUCAAUUACUGUCAGUUGUGCCUUUUUGACACAGUGGUAGAUAUUUUAAUUUUCUGUUACCAUUCCAGUAGAUUGGUAUUAAGUGUAAAGAAAUAAUGAGCAUACUGGGUGCAUAUCACACCUUAGUUUUUUUUAUAUGAUUUUUGUAUGCAUCUGAUUUUAGAUACUUAUGCAGAAACAGUGCUAUGUACUGAAUGUACUAGUAUGUGUUUCUUGAUUUUAGCCCAAUCUGUAGAUUAGUAGAAAAUUAGGACAUAUAAUGAACAGACUGCCCCUGUAUAUUGUACUUAUAUUCACUCUUGCAAGUAGUGUUUUGUUACUAAUGUAAGUAAUCUAUCCUUGACAUCAUAUUUGUGCUUAUAUUUGGCCUUACUAGGCAAAAUUUGGUAUAUGUUUUAUACGAAUCUCUUUUGAAGCAAGUAGAUAUUAGUUAAAUUUUUAUAUUGAUACAAAAUGUGCCUGUAUAUUUUUGGCCUUUAAGUGGUGAAAUGUGAGUUCUACUAUUCUACUGUUAAGAUAUGUACUUGAUAAAAAAUUUUUUGACCAGAACUAUGUGCCUUUGGCAACGUUCAUACAUAAUGGUUCUAAUGGUCUGAACAUUAGAUUCCCAUGAGUGCUAAGCAAGGGCGUAUUAAUUAAGACUAUGGCCCCCGGAGAAUUUUAAGUGUUGUCCAAACAAAAAUAUUCCACACAUUUUUUGGAAUAUUGUUGACACACACACAAUUUGUGUGUGCACAAUACCAAAUAAUUUAUUAUGUUAUUACGUGGUAUGAGAAGAAAAGACAUGGUCAUUCCACAUCAAGUCAACCAAUGAUGUCUUCAGAUCUUUAAUAUUAUUUUAUAUGAGGUCAUAUUAGCUUAGCAGAUAAAAAAUAAAAAGUUUGAAUUUUUUUAUGAUCUUUUGUUUUUAAGUUAUAAUGUUUUGAAAAAUUAAUAAACGUAACUCUAAGACUGUUUGUCCUAGAAAGCUCAAAUUUAUACCAUUCUCUUUAGAAUGACAAGGGCUUUAAUUUGACAUAUAACUUGAGUGUAUCAAAGCACUUUAUAUUUUUUUUCCAAAGAACUCAAAAAAAGUUUAUAAAAAAUAAAAAUCAGAUUUUUAAUUUUGAUUAAAAAUAUAUAUUUUAUACCAAAACUCUUUAAUAAGUUGUGUACAAAGUUUCAUGAUGGUAUUCCAAUGAUAUCAUAUUGAAAUGAUUUUUUUUAUGAAAAUUGAUGCAUGCGAAAAUUCUGGUAAUUCAUAACUUGUUACGUCAUAAAAAAACUUAUCUAACUUUUAUUUAAACUUGUCUUAACAAUUUACAUAUGAAAAGUUAGGUAUAAUUACGGUGACAAUAGUUUCUUCGGUAAAUAUAACAACUGGACCUAACAGGAGUUUCUUUCCUGUCUCAACUUGCAACCCUUAGUCAGCUUCCUCCUACUAGGUCUCUUGUCUACAUUCAUUGUGCUGUGAGUUGUCUCCAAGUGAACAAGUGCUCUGUGCAAGUUUGCAAUCCUUUUAAUAAAGACAGGCAUUGGGUAACUAAAAACCUAAGAAAUGUCACACCAUGGAUGACAAAACUACAUUAUAUUAUUGAAAAUGGAAUGAAAAUUUGCACUUCUUGCCGCUAAGAGAUAAGUAAGAAACAAUCAUACUCAAGUUCUGAAAGUGAUACAAAUGAAAUAUCCAUAUUAAACCAUUGACUGAAAAUGCAAAUACAAAACCAGGCUACAGCAAAGAGGUCCUGAGUAUAUGGAUAUAGAAUCAGGUAUAGAGUUUUUAAAUAACUCAUUGACAUCAAUAAGACAAUCGCCUGUUGUUAAAAUAAAAUUUAAAUCAAAUAAAUACUGCAAAGAAAACUUGCCAAAACUAAAUUAAGAUUUAAUGAAACUUUUUUCCAAGCUGUCAACAUAGAAGAGGCUAACAAGAAUUCACCAGACAACUCGCAGACAGAAAUUCUUAAUAAGCCAAAAGAAACAUUUUCAACGGUAUGCAAGAGUGAAAAACUUCAGAUCUUUUAACAAUUUUACCAACCAGUUGGUCUUGUGCAAGAAUGGAAUGUGAAUUUGCCAAUUUGGUAUUAGUAACUAUAUGACGCGGAAAAAAAAAAAUUGAAGAAGAGGGAGUGCUAUCGACACCUGAUCCAAAACCUGGGAAAACUCUACCUCGCGAAACAAGGGUGUUUGGCGACGUAAUUUUAUGAUGAUGAAAUGUGUAGGCAAAUGCCUGGAAAAAAAAGGAUUCUCUCUCCAUGGGUAAGGACACUGAAAAUAAGCCAAUCCGUGUUCAAAAAAGUUUGUUGUUGGGAAAUAAAAUAUUUUCAAAUCGAAUUUCCCUUAUUUAAAAAUUGGCUUUUCAAAGUUUGCAGAACUGAGGCCCAAGAACUGCAUUUGCUGGUGCCAGUGGCACUCAUUCUGUCUGUGUCUGCACAGCACACCAGAAUAUAGAACUCAUGUUUUCAGGAGGUAGGUUGACACUUCCUAGCUCUGAAAGUCCUCUAUCGAAUUACAAGAAAUGUAUUGCUAAAGUUAUGUGCAAUCCACCAUUACCGGCAUGGUUCCUAAAUGAAUGUGACUACUGUCCCGACAUUGAGGAAUUCAAAGAAGCUUUAAACUGGUUUUUUCGAGUAGCAAAUGAUUGACAACAUCGCUUACAAACAAUGGAUUACUGUUGACCGAUGCAAUUUCGAAACAUUUACCAAACCAUUUAAUGAGCUUGUUUAAGAACUUGGCAAUCAAUUGAGUAUCCUUAAAAACAAUACUUUGUUGCUCUGAAAAAAAAUCUUUGUUGGAAGAAGGUGAAACUGUAGUAACAUUGGAUUUUGCCAAAAAUUAUUUGUUUGUUUUAUAAGAUGAGACUCAAGGGUUUCAUUGGAACAAUUCUAUGGCUACUGUUAACUCCCUUUAGUAGUAUAUUUCAAGGAAAGCAAUCAAGAAACAGGAAAACAAGAGCUAGUUCAGAGUUUUGUGUUUAUAUCAGACUGCCUAACACACAAUGCUGUCAUUGUUUAUGCUUUCCAGAAAAACUUAAUCCUAUUUCUGAGAAAUCAUGUGCCAAAUUUGAAAAAGAUGUACUAUUUCUCAGAUGGUUAAGCUGCACAGUACUUGUCAUUAUAAAAAAGAAUGGUAAAAAUUUGAGCUUUCUAGGACAAAGAGUUUUAGAGUUACAUGCUUUUAAAUAUUCCAAAAUGUUCCUACAAACUAUAAAAAAUUUAUAAAUCAAAAACGAAAGAUCAAAAAAAAAUUUCAACUUUGUAUUUUUGGUCAUACUGAUAAGUAGAGCACAAUCAUCAAAUAUGAUACAUUUCGAUAACCUCAAGGUUUAAAAUAAUUAUUUUAUUGGUUGUUUAGAUAUGGAAUGCCCCCCCAUAAGGCAUCAAAGCUUAGACCUGUUUAAUUUGUUUGUCAUGACCAUGCUCACUGGCCAAGUCCUGUUGUGAUGCACUGUUAUUGAGGCUCAUUCUCAAAUGCCAUUCUGAUUUUUUUUCAUUUUUUUGAAGGUUAUUUCUACAAUUUAACUCUACCUCCAUUGCAUUUGUUGUUGUGCCACAGAUAUUUAGGUGCAACUGAUAUUCACUUAGUGUAAAAGAGGCACGUGAGUCUUUAAUAUUAUCAUCAGUUGCGCAAAUUUUACACCCAUAAUAUUACACUUGGUGAAUAUCUGGUGAAAAUAUUUGUGGCAGAACAGCAAAUGCAGUGGUGUUAUCAAAUUAAAAUAGCUUUUAAAAAAAAGUAAUGUAAAAAAAAUGGUGUGUGAGAGGCAUUUUUUUAUAACCAGUGUUCAAGAUGUUGGGUAGUUGCUUGGUUGGGACACCAAAUGACAUGAGGUGCUCCGGGUAUUUGUGCAAAAUUUUCAAACCGCUACAUAAAUUAUCUAUCAAAAAUGAUUUAAGUCAUAAACCCAUAACACUUGAUUUUAGGUUUAAAAUACUUGUUACACAGUAUUGUAAGUAGGAUUUGUGUCUAUAAUAUUCCACUAAUAAAUUAUGGGGUCACUGCUUGAAGUAGAAAUGUGUUACCAAUGUGAAAACUGCACGCCAGUUCAGUGCCUAGCGUGUACAGGUGAAGAGGCAUGUGAUGCGUGAACCAUUGUAACCCUUAGCACCCCGAUUGCUUUUAGAGCUCAAUGUGUGUCCCGAUAAGUUGCAGACACUCCUCAAAAUACUUACAUUUGUACCUCUCAUUUAUAAUAGAAUAUUAAUAUUUGAACAUUUAAAAAUUAAUUGCUUUGAACUAACAUUGAAAUGUAAUCUCAUGGUUUUUUUACGUGCUCAAGUUUGUAGAAUAUUGUGUCCUGUUUGGCGAAUGUAUGGUUGUUUGGUGUUAAUGUCAGUUAUGCAUUAAAGCUAUUACAUGCAUGCACAUAGACAUAAACAGGAUGUUUUUUAAUUCGUAGUACAUAUAGUGCUUACAGAUUCCUCUAAAAAAAGUAAGUGAAAAUGUAUAUACAACUUAAAUGGCCUAAAAUAGUUAUUUAGUAGCUGUGCCCCUUGAAAAUAAAAUUUGAAAACAUUGUUUUUUGAAGGAAAAAAAGUUAGGGUUCCUGCAGAUGGAAAAUUUGGAAAACAGGGUUAACUCUGGUAAUGGAAAGGGUACCUUCAAAACCUGGAAAUCACUGCGACUUUCAACUAUAUUUUUGAUACAGUACUAUUUCAGCAAUUUUUUUAUAUAUUUAGUAUCUUAAAUUUGAAGCACUAUUAUUUAUCCGCUGUCUUUCGCCUGACAAUCACUAUAAAUAAUUUAUAAUUUCAAAGUUCAAUGAAGCAAAUACAUUUUUUUUCCAGUGUGGAAUUUUUUUUUAUGGAAAUAGGAAUAGUGCAAACUUUAUAUUGUGCAGGAAACAUUUUGCAGUCUAUUCUGCAAGUUAUGUUUGUUUGUUGAAACGUGUUAUGAUAGUUAAUAAUGUGUAUUAUCACUUAACUGUGCUUGCAAAAGAGACCAACGAGACAGGAAAAAAAUUUAGUGGGUCAGGGAAAAUUCAGGGGCUAUGGGUGAAGUGGGUGUGUAGGAACAUUGAAUUAGUUAUGUCUUGAUGUAGACGAAGUAAAAAAUUCCUGGAUGGUGGUUUGUGCAAGGAAUGUCAUUAAUACACUAAGCUUUCAAGAGUUGUUGAAUUAAGACUGCAGGGAACAAUAAUUGUGUGACAAGUUAUUUUGUGGUAGUGUCAAGCCUGUUUGGUUUUCCAAUGCUACCCGUCAGACGUGAGCUGCAAGGUUGUCUAAUGCAGCGAUACAGGCUGCAUACCCACCAGGUAUUGCUGCGUGCAUCUGAAAUAAAAUUUAGACUGUUUGUUAUUCUUUACAUUCUUAUUAAUAAUCAGUAAUUGCACACACGAAGAGCGAGUGAACCUCACCGUUGCUAGUGUGUAUGAUAAUGACCUGACAGCCUCUUUUUGCACGGAAGGGAAAUUAUUUUACUCAUGUUUACUUUUACGACUUCCCUUUAACAAAUCCAGGAAUUUUGUGUGGUAUCCCAAAUUUUUCUUUACAAAAAUUCAAUUUGUAAUUUUUUUUAUCAAGCCAGAAGUUCUGUUUGCAUUUGAUAUUUUUUUUUGUAGAGUGGAAUCUGUAGUUACAAAAUGUACCACGAGUUAAAACACACACCAUACAUACAAAUGCACAUAUUGUAAACCUAUAAUACAAAGAGGCUAAUACACACAACAAAUUUUGCCAUCCUUAAAGAUUUGAAGUACACUAUUAUAAGACUGAACAUCAAAGCAUCACUCCUUAAAAUAUUUCUAUGACGUAAGAGAGCUAGCUGUGCACGUGAGAUCUGACGACGAAUCAUACUUGCAGCACAUAUUUAUGUUUGUUAUAUUUUUUUAGUAAGUUUCAAAUAGAAACAAUGAAAGUGAUAUUUUCAAUCCUCGUGCAGUUAUGUGAAACUACUGCUGAGAAAGUUUUGGUGAGAGAUAAAGCUGGUACGUAUCUGGUCUGGACAGUGGCAGGGCAGCGGUAGAAGAACCGUCAUCCCAUUGUUUACCUGAAUCGACGUCUUUAAAAUUGUCCGAGGAUUACCUUUACACCCUACUCUUACAUACAUGUAUGUAUUGAAGUUUAUAUUGAUCUCUUUGUAAAAUUAAAUACGAUAUGCAUGUAUUAUUUACUUUUAAGAGAAUUAAUUUUCAUUGUCGUUCCAACCCUCCUCCUUCCUGUACAGGCUCAGAGAUUAUUGUAGGACUCGCAGCGGUUUGGUUUGGAACUUGUGCCUAGUGCUGUCCCCUUCUGUGCCAUUAUGUUUACGCAUGACAAUUAUUAAGGGUGGUUCGACUGUGUAAGCAUUUAAUUUUUUUGUUUUGUAGCGAGUUAUGUCUCUGUACAGUGGCUACAUUUUACCUGCUAUAUGUAAAAUCAGGCAUAUUUCUGUUAUCCACCAUUGUGUUAAAAAAAUUGUGAGUUUCAUCAAACAGACAUCUUUAAAAUUAACCAAGGAUUACCUUUACACCCUACUUUUACAUAAAUAGGAAUUUAUUUUUGUUUUUAUUCCAAGUCUGCAGGGAAAUCACGUUACUGUACAUGUUUAUUUAGAGAUUUCCAUUAUCCGUCUAUUAUUAGCAAAAAAAAAACUACUAAUCUGAGCCAGCCAGGAGUUCGAGGUGAUUGGGUAGGCCUCGGCUACUCGUGGGAGUUGAGGGAUAGGUGAGAGGCUUCCAGAGUUCAGAAUUAUUGUUGCUGAAAAGCUGACUGCUUAAUAAUACUGUCGUAAUAUAUGCUGAAACAAUGGCGUUUUUCAUUAUUUUUCCUAAGCAGCCGUGCCUAAUAACAUAGCCCUCUGCAUUUGGUUGCCUAGUUACCCACUUCUUCUGCCAGAUCUCGCCACUCGACUGUAGUCAGUAUCUAGUUAGGUUGUUUCCUACCCUCGGACACUACACGUAAUUUCUUUGUUAGUUUUCCGCAGUUAUAACACAUAUCUGUCUCGAAUUUGAACGGUCUCAAAAGUGUUAACAGUGUUACCCAUUUACCAAAUAUCACUUGCAAAGCAUCACAUGAUAACAGAAUAGUGGUAGAAGGAUAUGUGUGUAUUAUUGGUACUUCUUUUGGAAACUCAAAUUUAAUACAAGUUACUUGAAAUAGACUAUAUGAGCAUUGUAUGUUCUUUUAUACAGAUAGUUUCAAAUGUAAGUAUUAAACAUAUUUUAAGACCUAUAAUUUUAGUUAAGUAGACUUGUGAACCACAGACUUAAUUAUGAAAUCAAUUAUAUUUAUUUUUUACUGCAAUAUAGAAGUUGAAUAUGUGUCUAGAGACUGAAUAUUGUGUUUUUCAGUUGAUUAGCCUGCAUAUAAUAAUACGUGCCUUUUAUACAUUGCAAAGAUAUUUGUGCUAGCAUGAUAAUUAACUAUGGCAUAGGGCAUAUUUGAUUCCUAGUGGAGAAUGCUGUAUAAUAUUACGAAAAUCAAAUUCUGUAUAUUGUUGAUAUGUGAAGCAAUUCCUUUUGUUUGUAUGUUACUUGUCAUAUUAGGUAUUACAAGACUUGGUUGAUCUAAGUGUUUUUUUUAUAUUUUUUAUUGAAUAAGUGAUAAUUAAUGUUCAGUUUUUUUUAAUGACAAAUGUGUAUUGCGUAGUGACUUGUAAUAUAAUUCUUGUUAAUCUUAUAUUUCCAUUCUUAAAAGUAGAUACCAUUUUUAUUGUUUUGUUGUUUUAAUCAAAUUGAUAUUUUUUAUAAUAUGAUGGCAAAUGAUGUACUCCUUGAACUAUGCAAAACUUGUAUUGUUUCUGUAUUACGACCGCAUAUUAAUAAUAAUUGUGUGAGCAGUUUCAAAACUAUAUUGUAGCAAUUGUAGGAAUAUUUGUGUAACUCUGCAGUGUAGUGCACACCAUUGUAAGGAAGAAUAGCUGUAUAAAAUUGUUUCUUCACUUAAGAAAAAUUUAUGUGUGUACAGUUUGUUAGUAAUUCAAUAUUCUGUGAACUGUACACAUCCUACUUGAGCAGUUUUUUCCUCGGUCAUGAUUGGAGGAUUGUGGCUGGUGUAACCUCCCAGGAGUGAGUGCAGUGCAAUUUACGUCCCAGAGUUGAUGCUGUUUCAUUUGUUUCAUCAUGUCAUGGUCUUUGUUCCUUUGCAGCCAAAAAUAACUUUUUUGAAAUAAAUUUUUUUUUUCAAUGGUUUGUAUCUUUUGAAAUUCAGUCUUGGCAUUCUGCUUGUGGGGUACACACCACCAGGAACGUACGCAGAAUUUCAUUUUGUGGGUGGAGGGAAAAGGGGGUAGGGGGACCAUUUUGCCUGCAGUUUGCUUUCAGAUUGUUUUCUUUUGUUGGUAGGAAUUUUUUAUGAUUUUGUGAAGGGGGGAGGGUUAUCCCUCUGUCCCUUCCUGCAUUCACCCCUGCACAUCACAUCACCUUUUUAUUUAGUUUUUGCAUGUUGUGACUAUCUUUAUGAAAAGGGUGCAUUUUUUGCAUUCUUAGCUGGACUCCUGUGCUGAAUUUUUUUUUUUUUAGUUAUUGCUAGUAAGUUUCGGCAUGUGAACGGUUUAUUUUACUUCCAGGGUUUGCAUCUUGUAUUUAUUUUCCAACCAGCUUGACUUCACCAUUUUUGUUUUGACAAUAGCUGUGUGUUAGGCGAGUCCAUCGUCCUCCGAGUCGUAGACUUAAAACCGAGGGCCUGUGGUCAUUUCCUUUCUCUGUCCCUGUGAUGGAGCACUGACGAAAUGGGUGGGUGGAGUUGGGUUGGCAGAACUGUGAGAAAACCCAUAGUACCAGAUCUAUCCCUGACGUGGUCGAACUCGGAUUUUUUUUUGCAAGUGGGGAAUACGGCUGUCUUUUCCACGAGGAGGUGUUUUUUUUAUAAGGUAGAUUUCGAAGAAA